AUGGCUUCAUACUCCACACACCAAUACUAUUCCACGGCAGUGCCCAUCCCUGCCAAGGUUGACCAGUACCAGUCCUACUAUCAAAGCAGCGGCAGCAACUACUCCGCAUCACCACCCGAGGACCUGCACGACGCCUCCGUCACCUCAGGUGUCCCUUCUUACGGACACAGCUACUCUGUCGGGGACUCGACUUACGAUGGCAGCUCCAGUGGCGACUGUUGGGACAGCUCCGUUUCAGCCAGCGGUGUCGACUUCAACGACUAUAUUCAAGACCGCUUCGCCGAGUCUUUCGACCCCAUCCCGCUUGACCGCAGCCUGGCUCAACAGGCACAGACAUCUGGUCAGUUGAACAACAAGCACCGCGAGCUUCUAGAGCUGCAAGCGAAAGCCCAAGCCCGUCUCGCCAAGUCGCGCGCUCGCUUUGCGGAAGGCUUACAAGAUGCCCAAGAAGUUCGCGCGAACCUCGAGUGGACAUCCAAGAAAGUCUCAUCAAUGAAGACCAAGGCCUCGCGGAAACACUCCAAGGAGUACAAGAAGGCCCGCGAGAGAUUCCCUUCCCCUGAGUUCUAA